AUGAGGGACUUAAUUCUAGCUCUGACUUUAACCCUUGUGGGGAGUCAGCAUCUUAAUUAUCAACCUGAUUUCAAAGAAAACAAGGUUUACACAUAUGAUUAUGAAAGUGUAUUUCUCAGUGGACUUCCAGACAGAGGACUUGCAAGAGCUGGAAUAAAAGUAAAAUGUAAAGUGGAAAUCAGUGGUAUUGGGCCAAAACUUUGUCUUAUUAGGAUUCAUUCACUUGAAGCAGCAGAAUACAAUGGUAUCUGGCCUAGAGAUCCAUUUGCACGGUCAUCUAAACUGACCCAGGCUCUUUCAGCACAACUCAGAAAUCCCGUCAAAUUUGAAUACAGCAAUGGCCGUGUUGGAAAUCUUAUGGCUCCAGAUGCUCUCUCAGAUGAUGGUCUUAAUUUCUGUCGAGGAUUUCUGAAUAUGCUGGAAUUAACCCUGAAGAAGUCACAGAAUACAUAUAAUUUGCAGGAGGCUGGGAUCGAUGGUGUUUGCAAUACAACCUAUGUGAUUCAAGAAAACAGGAAAGCAAAUCAAAUCUAUGUGACAAAAUCCAAGGACCUAAGCAGCUGUGAUGAGAGAGCUCAGAUGUUUACUGGUGCUGCAUAUACUUGCCAAUGCCCAGCCUGCAGAGAAAAAAACAAGUAUUCACGGGCAACCACUACUUACAAUUACAAAAUCAAAUCUUCCCGUGAGGAGGCUUUAAUUGUGCAAGCUGAUGUCCAAGAAAUCCAUCAGUUCACACCAUUCCAUGAGGUCACUGGAGGGGAUGCUGUAGUAGAAGCAAGGCAGAAGCUGGUACUGAGUGAUGUGGAAAAACACUCCUCAGAAGUCCCAUCAACAGAAUUCCGGAAACGUGGAUCACUUCGGUACCAUUUUGGCAGUGAAUUGCUUCAGCUUCCCGGCCAGUUAUUCAAAAUCAAAAACUUGGAGAGUCAGAUAGUGGAAAACCUGCGGUAUCUGGUAGAGCACACACAUGAGCGGGUUCCUAGUGAUGCUCCAUCAAAAUUCCUGCAGCUUGUACAGCUUUUCCGGGCAGCAAAUGAUGAUAUCUAUGAGUCAGUUUGGAAACAGUUUUCUAGCCGGCCUGUAUACAGGCGCUUGAUUUGGGAUAUAAUUCCUGCCGUUUCCACUCAUAGUGCAAUCAGAUUCUUAAGGCGUACAAUUGAAAGGAAAGAACUCAGUGACCUGGAAGCAGCUCAGGCAGUGCUUGUGGGCCUGCAUUUAAGUACACCAACCCGUGAUGUGAUAGAGGAAGCGGUGCUCAUCCUGAAAAAGGCUCAUUCACGCUCAGAUACUUUACUGCACAGAAUUGCCUAUCUAGUCUAUGGAUCAUUGGUUCAUAAGUACUGCUCCGUUUCGGACUCCUGCCCUGAGUCAGCUCUCCAGCCACUAUAUGAUUUUGCAGCUGAAGCAUCCAGCAGGGCCAAGGAGGAAGAAAUGGUCCUGGCCCUGAAGACCUUUGGGAAUGUAGGACAUCCAACCAUCCUAAAGCGCAUCAUGAAGUUUAUGCCAGGAUAUGCACCUGGUGCUUCUGAUCUCCCAGUCAGGGUUCAAACUAAUGCAGUGAUGGCCCUGAGAAACCUGGCCAAGAGAGACCCACGAAAGGUACAAGAUAUUACCCUGGAGAUGUUCCUAAACCACAAGAUUAAUCCUCAAGUCCGAAUGAUUGCUGCCUUUGUUCUGCUUGAAACCAAACCAGGUCUUCCUGUCUUGGUGACUUUAGCUAAUGCUAUGCUAAAAGAACCUAGCAUGCAAGUGGCAACUUUCAUCUUUACCUCCCUGAGGGCUCUGGGCAGAAGUACAGCUCCGGAUCUCCAAGUCGUGGCCUCUGCCUGCAGAAUGGCUAUCAGAAUACUCAGCCCCAAACUUGACAGACCUAGCUAUCGAUUCAGCAAAGAUUUCCGCCUUAGUAUGUUUAGAGAGUCUCUUAUGAUUGGAAUGGCAGCCCAUUCAUUGACACUGAAUAAUGUAGGCAGCAUAUUCCCAUCAAUAGCAUUGUUCAAAUUGAGGGCCCAUUUCGUUGGACAUAUUGCUGAACCUUUGGAGGUGGGACUGAAAGUUGAAAGACUGCAGGAGAUGUUAGCGAAAAGACACUUACCUGACAGUGAUUCUGACAGUGCAUUUGAUGUGAGGGAAGUUCUGAAAACGCUCUCUGACUGGAAGGCACAGUCCAGUGAUAAACCUUUUGCAUCAGGCUACAUGAAGAUGUUUGGACAAGAAAUCCUCUCUGGUGCACUUGAUAAGGAUUCCAUCCAAACUCUAUUACAGGCAUUGUAUGGACCAGAAGAAAAAAUUCCCUCAAUAAAGAAAUUCAUAAAUCAUCUUCAAAGUGGUGUAGGGACCCAGUGGUCGAAAGCUUUGUUGUCUGCGGAAGUCCGUCGCAUUGUGCCUAUGUGUAUUGGAUUCCCAAUGGAGACAAGCUUGUAUCAUGCUUCUUUCACAAAUGUUGCAGGAAGUGUUCAGGCACAGAUUUCACCAACUCCAAGUUCCGAUUUCAGACUGGCUGACUUACUUAAUGCCAAUAUUAAAGUGCGAUCCAAGCUGACCCUAAGCAUGGUCAAGGACAUGAUCUUUGUAAUGGGAACUAAUACACACCUGUUCCAAGCUGGAUUGGAGGCACAUGCUAAAGCGAAUAUAAAUAUCCCUAUGAACGUUGCGGCUACUCUGAAUAUUAAGGAUAAGAAUUUCAAAUUGGAAAUCCCACCAUGCAGCCAGGAAACUGAUGUUGUUACUCUAAGGUCUAAGACGUAUGCUGUUACACGAAAUCUUGAAGACUUAGCUGCCACUAAGAUGACGCCAGUUCUUCUACCUGAGGCAGUGCCUGACAUAAUGAAGCUGUCCUUCGAUUCAGGUUCCGCAUCAAGCGAGAGUGAUAAAAUAAGGGGUAGACUGUCUUCAGAAAUCAUUUCAACAGGAAACAUCUAUUCAGCUGGACAAUCAUCCCAACAGAAAGUACCAUCUGUUCGUUCCAUGUGCUUCAAUGCAAGUACAUUUGGAGUUGAAAUUUGCGCAGAAAGGAAAAGUGUGAAUGCUGCAUUUAUCAGAAAGGCUCCUCUCUAUUAUCUGGUUGGGGAGAAUGCUUUUAAACUUACCUGCAAACCAGUCCAUACAGGGUCAUCAAUUGAGAAAAUACAAGUAACAAUCCAAGCAGGUGCUCAGGCUGCUGCGAAAAUGGUGCGUUUAGUAAAAUUUGAAGACACAGAAACGGAACUAGCUUCUGGCAAAGAGGCAAUUAAAAAACUGAAGAAAAUCCUUGAUGAUCCCACAGUCCAGACCCAGGAAAAAUCACUCGUUAUCCGAAAAGACAGAAAAUCAUCAUCCAGCUCUAGCAGCAGCAGCAGCAGCAGCAGCAGCAGCAACAGUAGCUCCAGCUCAUCCAGCAGCCAGUCCAGCAGUGAUUCUCAGCGUGACCAGAUCAAUCUGAAGAAGAAAGAUGUAUCUUCCUUUGACGAUUCAUUGGGCCCACCAAGCAAGAAACAGCAGAAGGGGCAUCAAGAACAUGAGCAGAAAGGGCCCCGCAGCAAAGGGCAUUCUAAAACCAAAGGAAAGAAUGCCGAUCAAGAGAGAGGUUUUCACGAGAAGAAACAUUCCAAGGCUGCACGCAAACAGCAGAGCAGCUCUAGCAGCAGCAGCAGCAGCAGCAGCAGUGAAACCACCACCGGCAGACCCAGCAGCAGCAGCAGCAGCAGCAGCAGCAGCAGUGAAAAUGCUGAUAAAGCUCGCUACGAUGCCAAGAAGCGUUCCAAGGAGUCGUAUCCUUUCAGCAAAACUGAUAGAAAAGAUGAGAGGAAACAUGCUAAGUCUCAAUACACCAGUCGCAGCAGUUAUGACUCAUCUGGAGAUUGGGAACAGCACGUUCCAGAAAUGUACCGACUCCGCUUCAAGUCCCAUUUGCCCAAUUUCCUGGGAGACGUACUUCCACCUGGGCUCACCAUUGUGGCUCGGGCAGUUAGGAGUGACAACAAAAAUCAAGGUUACCAAGCCACAGCAUAUAUUAACUCUGCUGCUGCCAAAGUCGAUAUGCAACUGGUUGUGGUUCAGCUUGCUGAAACUAACUGGAAAGCGUGUGCUGAUUCUGUAGUAUUGCCUCUCAAAGCACAGGCCAGGUUCAGGUGGGGCAAGGAAUGCCGGGAGUAUAGAAUUGAAGCAAGAGCUUCCACAGGCCGAAUUUCAAGGAAUCCAGCUGUACAGGUGAAGCUGGCUUGGACAAAACUUCCAUCCUGGAUAAGGAGGACAACUAUAACAACUAUGGAAUUUGUUCCUGGAAUAGCAUACCUGAUGGGCUUCUCAGAAGUGUAUCAGAAAAAUCCUUCUCAGGAACUUGUAGUAAGAGCAGUUGCAACUUCAUCACGGACAAUUAAUACAGUCAUAAAGGCUCCGGGGCUAACCUUUUACUAUGAGGCUUUCCCACUUCCAUUUGCUUUGCCUGUGAGCCCAGCUCCAGCUUCUCAGGCUCCAGAAGUGACUGCUUGGAAUUUCCUUCCAGAAAUAUCUUCACUGAUAGCUAAAGAAGAUCAAUCCACAUGUGAAGUGAGGGAAGAAAACUUCAAAACAUUUGACAGAGUGAAGUACAAAUGUUCAUUCAAUAAAGACUGCAACCUUGUAGUAGCUCAAGACUGCACUGCUCACCCCAAAUUCAUCGUCAUGACGAGAAAAGUCAAUCCACGCUCUUCCUCCAGGGAGGUGUACAUCAAUAUUAGUUCAUCAAGCGUGAGACUCUAUCUUUCUCCAUCUUCCUCUAUCCUCGUGUCAUACAAUGACGGACCAGUGUUAACGCACAGCAAAAUGUAUCAAAAUAAAAGAGAAAACAUUAAAAUUUAUAGAAAUGAAACAACAGUUGUAGUAGAAGCUCCAGACCAAGGGCUGGCGAAUGUGACUUUUGAUGGAUCGACACUUAAGGUUACUGUUGUUUCAUGGAUGAGAGGAAGGACCUGUGGUAUUUGUGGAAAUAAUGAUGGACAAAAGCAAAAUGAACUCCUCAUGCCCAAUCAUAGGCUGGCACACAGCUGCUCAGCUUUUGUCCAUUCAUGGGUACUGGUAGAAGAAACCUGCGCCGAAGGGUGUAAACUGCAACGCCGCUAUGUGAAACUGAAGGGACAUCCUGUUAUUGAUGGAAGGGAAUCUACAUGUUAUUCUGUUGACAGGAUACUGCAGUGUAUGAAAGGCUGUACUCCAACUGAGAAAACCUCAGUUAAAGUUGGCUUCUCCUGUUUCCCAAAAGAUUCUGCUGUGAGCCUGUCUGACUGGCAUAGGGGCAGUGACAGGAAAUAUGCAGCCGAGGACAUCGUGGAGUCUGUGGAUGCUGACAUUGACUGUUCCUGCACUGACGAUUGUAGUUCAUCUUAA